AUGGCUGAUGCCCUUUACCGGCCUGGCAUCACUACCACCACCACCACCACCACCACCUCGUCGUCCUCUCCCUCGACCUCCCACUGGACCCCUACCGACGACAGCUACAGCACGCCCUUCAACUCCUCCGCCCAUUCCCGGCUGCAGUACCUGGCCUUCACGCCCCGGUCCUGCGACACGCCGCCCGCCUCUCCACCGCCGCGAGACCCCUACUAUGCAGCGAAAAGAGGAGGACUGAGCGCCAAGAGAGGCCUUCUGCCCGUGAAACUAAACAUGGACACCUCCGUGUCGCCCGCCUACGAGCGCCGCGCCUACAGCCCUGCUCUCUCGGAGAGCCCCACCCUGCAGUCCAUCGCCCUACCGUCCCCCAAGUACCCUCCUCCGCGACAACGGGCCCCCUCCCUCCUCCGCCAUGCCGCCGUGUCCCCGUCCCAGUACGCACACCUCCCCCAGACCGAGCACCCCACAUCCUCGCCCGUCAUGGCCCCCGCCAUGAGACGCGAGGGCAGUGGGCCCGGGUCUCCCGACCUGCGCGCCAUCUUCAACCCCCUCGCCAGCAAUCCUCCCACAUCCAAUGGCCCGCAGUGGGACUCGUCUUCAGAAGACGUCUCUGGCCCCAUAUCGCCCAUCAGAGCUCGCGGCUACACUAGCUCGUCACAAGCUUCGUUCAACCCCACCCCGCCGCUGCGGUCCGUCACCUCGACACCCGACUACGGCCAGUACCGCAGUGGCGAGCGCUCGAACCUCUCAGGCACGUACAAGCCCAACCGUGGUGUGCCGAACUGGUCUCACUCCGACUACUACCCUCCACCUCCGAUCCGCCAGCUGCGCGCCGAAGAGCCUCGCUUCAGCUCCAGGUCGGGCUACACAUACACAUCCUCGAGCGCCAUGGAGGUCAGCACAGAACGCAGCAGUAUAGCGACCGCACGCAGCUCUGUUGCGAGUGACCGCCAGAACAGCAUAUACUCGAGAGAUCAGUCUAGAGACCGUCUGCGCGACCGUGACGGUUCGCCAGAGACAAUACAGACCUCUGAGCUUGCAGAGGAGGACGAAGAACAGGACCUGUUCAGCGCCGUGGACGAUGUCAUUGACGCGUACUGCUACGAUGAGGACGAGCGAGGCUACUCCAUGAUUGGCGACAAGGUAUGCGAUCCAUCGCCAAUGGCCCUCGAUCUGGAACCGCCGGAGCUAUCACAAACGCCGUCUCGCGACAUAGAUUCCUUAUCCUCGUUCCAGUCAUCCGAGAAUCUCAAGCAAUGGGACAACGCUCCCGUGCGGCCUCUAAACGGCAGGACCGAAAAAGCUGGCCUCAGGAAGCAUCGUCUCUCCAUCCGCCCACCUUCGGCAACCGACACCUCAGACACAAGUUUGCUUGAUGACGACACGCAGGGUGCAGCAGAGGGCGAGUUGAGGCCGCAUCAGAUACCCCCUCUGCAAAUCAGCCCAUUCCAGGCCCAAUAUACACCGAGAACGAUCGAAGCUGUCACGGCGCUGACCAACAAGAAGAGAUCUGAUGAACGGCAACGAUCAAGCGGGGAGCUGCCUCGGCGCAUCUCAAUGACCCUGCAGGCACUUUCCCUCGGUGCACCCAGCACGAUUGUACAACCACCCCAUGAGGAUGGACUGCCCGCUAGGAUGCCGAGUGCCAAGCGGGCACAAAUGUCCGAGAUGCAUCGCGAGAUUGCGGCCCUUCCGCGUCUGCCCAUGAACAAGGCGCGCAUGUUGCGGCGAGAUUGGGCAGACAUUGAGGCUUACUCGCGCAGACACUCGAAGAGGCCGAGUACAUCGCGAAUGGUGUCGACCGAGUCGAUUCAGAAGGUGGACCCAGCGAUGCAGUCCCCAGCCCUGCAGAAAUCUCAGCCACUACCGGAGGUUGAUGAAGAUGAGGCAAUUCCGCGCCGAGCUUCGACCAGUGUGUACGACCGCAAGAGUGGUUUUGGGCUUGACUCGUUUAUGAAGCCCACCAAAACUGCUGAGGCAUCGCGUACAAACGCGCCCACACAAAUUGAGCGUAACCCAGGAUCUGCACCUGCACUUCGGAAGAUGGCAAGUCCUGCAGAACGCGAUCGCUACGGGUUCAAAAAAGCAUCUCUGAACAUCAGCGUGCAAGAGCACAAUGUGUGGGCCGCGAGAUAUGAAGAGCACAUCAACCGGCGCCGGAACAAGUGGAUCGCACUGAUGUCGAAGCAGGGCCUCUCAACAACCGACCCAACCACGUUCCCCGAGAUGAACGAGAAAGUCAAGCGUUAUGCUCGCAAAGGCUAUCCUCCGGAGUGGCGUGGAGCUAUGUGGUGGUACUAUUCUGGCGGCCAGCACACGCUCCAGCAGAGGAAGAACAUUGGCCUGUACGCCUCACUAGCCGCACGAGUCAAGCGUGACGAGCUGAACAAGGACGACAAAGACGCGAUUGAGCGUGAUCUCGACCGGACGUUCCCCGACAACAUCCACUUCCGCCCCGAGCCAGCGACCGAUCUCCUCGAUGGGGAAUCAGACGACGAGCCCGUGUUGAUACAGGAUCUGCGCGAAGUCCUCUCCUGCUUCGCCCUCAACAACCCCAGUAUUGGGUACUGUCAGUCCCUCAACUUCAUUGCCGGUCUUCUGCUUCUCUUCCUCAAGCAAGACAAGGAAAAAGUCUUCAUCCUUCUCACCAUCAUCACGCAAAACCACCUUCCCGGAGCCCACGCCCGCUCGCUCGCAAACACAGAAGUAAAUGUGCUCAUGAUGCUCAUCAAAGACUACCUCCCCAAAGUCUGGGCCAGCAUCAACGAUACAGACCUCAUCAACUCUGGCGCCGGCUCACAUGCCCACCCGAACUCAAAGUUCCAGCGCCAGCCCACUGUUGCCCUGUCUUGCACAAGCUGGUUCAUGUCCCUCUUCGUUGGCGUCCUCCCCAUCGAGACCGUCCUCCGAGUUUGGGACGCAUUCCUCUACGAAGGGCCCCGGGCGCUGUACCGCUACGCUCUUGCCGUAUUUAAGCUUGGCGAGUCCGAAAUCCGCAAGUACCGCCCGGGCGACGGAGAGCUAUUCAUGCUCGUGCAGAAUCUGCCGCGCACGUGUAUUGAUCCCAACAUCUUGCACGACUUCGCGUUCGUCAAGAAAGGAUUCGGAAGCUUGAGCCAAAGCGUCAUUGAUCAGAAGAGGUUGUUUUGGCGCGAGCAGAACAAGACGAUUGCGCAUCAGAAUAGCGUGAAGAGUGCGCGGCAAAACAACCAAACGCUGGGUGUGCCAGGUCCAAGUCAGAAACAGGAGGCGGACGAGACGGACGGAGAAAGCGUUAAAAGAACCAUGGGCGGCCUCCGAAGAAAGGCCAGCCGGCGAUUUAGGAGAAUGAGAAGCUAG